UGCUCCUGCUUUAGCUGCUCGCGCUUGGAAUGACUUGGAGGACGCGCAUCAAGAGGAUCUUUAACAUGUGAUGAGAUUGUUCAACUGCUGAAACACACAUCAGGGUUUGGCGAUGCAGUGUUUGCGUGGCUAGUGCUUGACAACAAGCCAUCGUUUCAUUUUGGAUACUUUGGAUACUUCCCUCUCGGUUUCAUCAAGUGCUUUUCACUCAGAUCGGAGUCCAAUAAUUUUUAGUGAUGGCAUUUGCCAUGCUGCGGCCCAUGGCGACUCAUUUAUCGUACCCGGAUGUUGCCAUGAUGUCCGAGGAUGAGGAGAACCGCAGCGAGAGCGACGGCAGUUCGGAGCAGGGCUACGGCUGCUGUCCCAGUGCGGAGAAGCGGCGGCAAAUGUCCACGGUGAGCAGUGUGGUUAUAGUAAAGCAACGGAACGCAGCGAACGCGCGGGAACGCGACAGGACGCAGAGCGUCAACACUGCUUUCACGGCGUUACGGACCCUUAUUCCCACCGAGCCGGUGGACAGAAAGCUGUCAAAGAUUGAGACUCUGCGCUUAGCCUCCAGUUACAUCUCACAUCUGGCCAAUGUGCUCCUGAUAGGGGACGGAGGAGAGGACGCGCAGCCGUGCGUGAGCGCGGUUUACAGCGCGCAGGGGGACAGCGGAGGAAAGCAGCCGCGCACCAUAUGUACUUUCUGCCUCAGCAGCCAGAGAAAAGGGAUAAAGGACGGGACUGACUGUGUCCGAAUGCGGGGAAUCACUUCACUGCGCGUGACACGCAGGUAGCAGCGGCGCGUGAGGUAGAGCCGCAACUCAGGGAGCGCGAGAGGUGAGCGAGACUCCUCGCGACGGAGAUUUUCGGAAGACCCGCCAUUCAAACAAGUUAAUUUUGAGAUUUUUGUACUUUUUCUUUGUGUGAUUUGUAUAAAUAUAUGAACAUUUAAAAUGCAGUGCAUAAAAAAAAAAAAAAAAAUCGUUUUCUAUUUUGUUAAAGAGAAUUUAUACAUUUUAUACACAAAUUGUGAAAGAACCAUGGUGAAAUAAAAUAUAUAUAUUUUUCAAAUUUCAAAUGUCCUCUGUCAGUUAUGAUGGAUAAAAAAUAUCCACAUUUUUGGGAUGUUUUGUGUUGAAAGGACUUUUCCUUAAAAUUAAAUAUUUCUGCAAUACAUCUGUUAACUAAAGUUUUCAUAUUAAGGUAUAAUAUAGAAAAUUAAUGAUGAUGAUGAGUUUUCCUAAACGUCCUCAGAAGCAGGCCUAAGCAUUAAUUAAUUUUUAGUACAGUAAAUCAGUGCUUUGUGGGAUGCCAUUAUAAAGUUUAUAGCCUAUAUACUGCAACUUUUUACAUUUUAUAUAAUUUUAUUUUAAAACUGAUUUUCAACUUGUUUUUGAAACCAAGCAAUUGCAUUUAUAAAGCAUUUAUAGUGACUUUUGUUGGCUGUUGCUUUUCUGGGUUUGUAUCCCUUUCAUUGUGAGUUAAAAAUCCAAACAUUGCCAGGAAAAUACAACCAAGAGCUGGAAGAACAGUUCAGGGCUCAGGGGAUCUAGGCAGAGCUUCAAAUCAAUCAGUCAUCUGAAAAAAAACAUUCAUUUAAAUUCAGAAAAAAACUCAUUGAUUAUCUUUUUACAUAAUUUAACUCCUCUAUUUCUCUAUAUGGUCCUUUUGUCAUUGUUAAGUUGGUUUGUAAUUUCUUUGAAGGACAGAAUCGAAAUGCUUUACUUUGAUUAUUUUUUAAAAUUCUUUUAUACAUAUCUCUCUCAUUCUGUCUCCAUGUGUUUUUGAGAUCUGGGAUGUAUUAGUUACGGUAAAUACUACCCUUCGGUCAGCAUGGGGACCUGCCGCAGCUGUGCAUCUGUGAGCUGCAUAAAUCACCAGCAGGGUCAGCUUGGAAGGUGGGGUAAUACAGAGCAAGAGAAAGUGUACGAGGGGGUUUGAUAAAGAGAAAGCAAGGUCGAAGGUCUGGGUGAAGAUUAAGCAUUCAAGCUCUCAGAUGCUUGGAUGAAGGUCAUAGGUUACUGUACAUACAAACUGAGUGGGUGUUUUAAAAUUGCAGUCAAAUGGAUCUGUAAAACUGUCAAUAUCCCAAUAUAUUCUGUGUAUUAUAUGUAGUUAAUAAAAAAAAAAAAAGAUUAACCUUCUGAACUGUUGAGAAAGGAAAACCUUAAAUAACCCAGGAGACAGCAAAUAUGUUGUGUCUGAUUGCUGCUCUUUGGUUUUAAAGCGCUUGUUCCAUCUCACAUGCUGCGAUCAGACCGGAGACAGAGACAUUCAUUCCACCAGAGGUACGCAGAAUGCAUGUUUCUCAUAUGAAACAAUCCACAAUUGUGUUGUUUUGUAAUGAUCUCUUCAACAACCGAGAAUGGAUUUAGGAUCAGCUUGAAAAAUUAUGACUGC